AUGGGGAUGAGUAAAAAUGACAACCUGGUGAAAGCCGCAGCUCUGCUUCCGUUCAGAAACAUGAGUAAAGCACAGAGUCUACCCAAACUGCCCAUCCCACCUCUGAAGCAGACCUGUGACAUGUACCUGGACCUCCUGGAGCCCCUGGUGGAGCCUGAUGAGCUGCAGAGGACCAAACAGCUGCUGGAGGAGUUUCAGAAAGCGGGUGGCAUAGGAGAGAGGCUGCAAAGCGGUCUGCAAGCGAAAUCAGAGAUCACCGACAACUGGAUUGAAGAAGACUAUGUGAAGUACCUGUACAUGGCAGAACGGAAGCCUUUACCUAUUUUUUCCAACAUGACGGCGUUCUUCUCCAGAGGGGACAUCAUGACUACACAGGAGCAGAUAGGGCAUGCAGCUGAUGUAAUCCAGGCUGUUCAAACCUUUGCUGGGAUGCUUGAGAGUGGCACCUUGCCUGAUGUGUAUGGACAAAAGAUGCCGCUGUGUAUGAAGCAGCACGAAGAAGUGGUGGCAUCUUGCAGGAUUCCACAUCCGGUGGCUGAUUCUAUGAUAUUCUUCAACAAAACCUCUAAACCUCCCAGACACGUGAGCGUGGUUCACAAUGGCCAGUUCUUUGCGUUGGACAUGUACCACAGUGACGGGACUCCACUUAAUAAGAAAGAGCUCUGUGUUCAGCUGGAGAGAAUCUACGAGUCAUCAACAGAACCCGACCAGGAGCCGGUCGGCAUCAUGACGACUCAACACCGAGACGUCUGGGGCAAAGUUUAUGAAGAACUCAUCAAAGAUGAAACCAAUAAAGAGUCAUUGCUCGCCAUCCAGAGCAGCGUGUGCACCAUCUGUCUGGAUAGACUGGCGCCCCCUGAGGCCGACAGCAAUCACCUCAUUAAAGGGAUGAGGCAGAUGUUGAGUGGACAAGGAGGAAGCUGGAACAGCGCCAAUCGAUGGUUUGACAAAGGUUUGCAGUUUGUAAUUGGAGCAGACGGGCUGGUUGGGAUUAACAUUACUCAUUCUGUUGCUGAUGGAAUCGUUGGUUUGGACAUUUUGGAUGUGGUGGUUGAGGAAAUGCAGAAGGAAAAGCCACAUAUGAGCGAUUCCCCAGUCAAGGACUUACCUCCUCCCCAGAAACUGAAGUUCAACAUCUCACCUGAGAUAAAGGAAGACAUCGAGAAGGCCAAGCAGCACAUGGAGAUGCUGGACAGAGGGUUUGAUCUGAAGAAGAAAGUGUUCAAGCACUUCGGUAAAAACGUCCUGAAGUCUUUUAAGACCAGUCCUGAUGGCUUUGUGCAGAUGGCCAUCCAGCUGGCCUACUACAGGGCGCACAAACAGAUUGUUCCUGUGAUGGAACCUGUCACUUUGCGAAUGUUCAGAGGAGGACGGUUGGGACUCGUCAACCCAACUUCCAGUGCAUCGACUGCCUUUGUCAAAGCCUUCGAUGACCCCCAUGUGCAGAACUCAGAGAAAGUCCAUCUGCUGGAGAAAGCUCUAACAGUCCUCCAAAACAACGUCCGCUUGGGACAUCGUGGACACGCCAUUGAAGGACAUAUGUUCGGUCUGAAGAUGCAGGCCAUCAGGGAAAACAUCCCCACUCCUGAAAUCUUCACAGAUGUUUCCUAUGAUAAAGCUUUUGACUUCAAAGUCAUAGCUGGUCAGGUAACAACCAGGAACGGGAUUAUUGUGUGUUCUAGUCCUGAGGUCCCGGGGCUGUACGACAUCAACUACGGCAUCAUGAACGAUCACAUGGAGAUUUUAGUGUCUGCUUUUGAAUACCCUGGGAGCCGCAGAGAAAAAAAUCCAGGAUUAAUUAUCCAGGCUUUGGAGGACGCCUUGGUGGACAUGAGGACCAUGAUGGAACAAAGAGUCAAAAAGGACUGA